UACUGUUGGGGGUCCCGGGUUGAUCGGCUCUUCUACCCUAGUUACCAGCAGUGCGCUGGUGGUGAGUGAGCUCUUUUGCCCCAGUAGUAGCCUACAACUACCAACAUCCUACUCUACUCAUGCCCAUCCGUGAUCGAUGGAUUGUGCUUAACAGACAACAAAUAAGUACCGUGCGUAUACUCUGCAGAUCAGAGGCCCAGCAUAGGUGAGAUAUUUGCAUGUCUUUCAUGUUCUUUAUUGCAAAUGUUGCUACUGUUUUUAGCUACGCCUGAAUCCCGGUGGAGAAUCUCUUUGUGGCAUCAAGACGCUCAAGGAACAACGGUACAAGGCAGCUUACGACUGGCCAGUUUUACAGCACAGGAAAACGAAGUGAGUGGAUAAUUGAUUUACGGCCCUGCAGACCAGCAGAAAACCUGGAGAUGUUGCAUCGAGGGACUCAUAAAUACGCUCAAGUGCUAUGUGAUAGCCAUUAUAGUGACUGCAUUAGUUCUCUCCUAAUGGUGUCUUUACUAUAACAUUCAUUCCCUUCUUUUUCCUCACCAUUUGCUGCUUUUCUAUUGUUUCCCUUUAUUCUUCUCAAUUGGAUCCAUUUCCUGCAACAGAAAGGAGUCAUCCCAACAUAUUCAUUGCCUGCGGUUGAGAAGCCUUCGCACUUCUUUAUGAUAUCACUAGCUGCUUCCUUCGAUUCGAGGAUCCCCAGAGCGGCAGUGCUGGCGGCAAAGACCACAUUAUGUCGCUUGUCGAUUACAAUCAACUACAAACCAAAACAAUUGGGUGGUCCAUUCAGCCAUUGUGCGACAAUGCCGCCAACAGUCACGAAGUCACGAGCGCCAUUAUUUCAAAUCCUUAAAGCGCGGGGAGAACAAAGAGACGAGUCGCGUUCAUGACUCGACAUCGGGCAAUCCACAGCCACACUGACGUCCAUAUCCCCGAGCUACGGUUGUAAUCGAAAUAUUACACACGGCUGAGGGAAAUGACGUGCUUUCAUUCCCAUGAUAUUUUUACCAAGAUUUCAAAUUCCAAGCACGAUUGGCCUGCUAAAAUUGCUGCUGAUGGAGCCGGCCUGACACAAGUAAACUUCUCAAAAGGAUAUUUCUUCCUCAGUCGGUGGGAGGACAAACAAGAGUUGAAAAUCACAUUCAGCACCUCACUGGCUGCCCACCCAUGAGAUACGAUACACUUGCCUGUGAAGCCUGGAUUGGGUUACACGAUGCACGAAAGACUUAUCGAUUUGGUGAUAUGAUCUCCCUCGCAUGCAUGGCAUCCGAGCAAACGCGUCACCCUCCCCAUCCACGGCAGCCAACCCCCCUGAGCCGACAUUGGAUGGGGGGGGCGCACAGAUUGCUCAAUAGCCAUGGACUUCCCACGGUUUUCUCAUUUGAAGAAUGCCCAAUGAGAGGGAUCAUAACAAGAGUUACUAGAACAAGGGGGCUCCAUGUGUCGUCCGUUGCUGCGUUGCUGCGUAACACCAAGCAAGCAGGGGAUGGUUGAGAGCAAGGAUGAAAGAGGAAAAAAAAAAAAAAAAAAAAAAAAAUUACUUCAUUCCAGGCCACGUCGCAAUUCCCUGCCUCCCGCUCAUGGGCGCCCAUUUUUUGUCCAUGGGAAUCCUGGUGCGACGUUUACCCCGUGCUGGCCGCGUACAGAGUGAAUUUUAACCCGCCCAGGCUGGUCACACAACGGCCAUAGCCUGAAGAAUGUUGGAUUUUACGGGUUAUAUCUCAUUUUGUAUGUAUGUAUGUGCCCACAUACCCUGAGCUAAUCCGCACGAUACUCGUGGAUGGCAUAUGGCCAAGGCCAAUGCCGAUAAUUUUGUAUUUUUUAUUUUCGUUUUACUGGCACUUGGAGGAUUUGCCUAGCCGAGCAUACAGCAUACCCGCUACUGAACUGACAGCUGUUUAGGAGGAAGGGGUGUGGGUUUGUGCUUCCAACGCCGUGGUAGAUCCCUUUUGGUUUCUCGAAUGGUGAAAAACCCAGGUACCGAUACAAGUGCGGGCCAGUUGCGCGUUUCUGUGUAUCCCAAAGAUACAUAUUCCUGGUUUGCGGCGCCCUGCAUUUAUUUUUAUUUAUUUUUAUUUUUUAUUUUUUAUUUUUUUCUUCGUUUCCUUGUCUUUUUUUUAAAUACGGGAUGUGUAAUGUAUGGAUUUUUGCAGUUUCGUGAUGCUCCUGUUGCCCAGUGAAGAAGUGCCUCUUGAUAAUUCUUGCUGCUUCAGACGUACCGAGGACAUCCCGGAGCGCACACUUAAAGCUUUAAAUAAAUGAGCUAUAGGCAACAAACGAACUGCUUAUUUUGUCUACUCGUUGCAAAUUAUACAUUCAUUUCUUGAGGCUUGAUUUCUCAUUACUUCGGGAAGCACUCGGCGCGAUUCCCCGUAGCUAUCAUGGUUGACUACUCUGUGCCCGCGAUAUAGAUGGCUGGCAAUGCGGACUUUGUAAAAUAGUGAAAGGUAUCCCAACAUAUCAGUCAUUACUCCGUAUAUUCAUUCCUCUGUGUUGAAUUAAUUGUGUUCCUUGAUACAUGUCCAAUACUAGAUUGAUGUGGAGGGGUUAACCUGAAACCAAGCCAACAAUAUGGCUCCGUUCUCGAAUCAUCUUGUGUAUUCUCUCCAUUUGAAACAUAGACUGCAGGCCGUUGACAAGCAUUCUCCAAGUUUUAGUUACAUUCAACGGUUCUCUCCUCAUCACUCUAUUGUUCUGCUGUGUUGUGUUGGUUGGAAGUAACAUAGUUAUUUAAUUCCUGGUCCCGCCAAGAAUUUCCCCACUCGCGCCGUUUUUUCCACUCGCUGACCACCAGAGCAGAACCUCCGCCAUCCGCCAUCCGCCAUCUGCUACCAAACCACUCAAUCGCUUUAAGCCACAAUUGUCCCGCCCGCUUUGGCACAAUCUGCCCGUCCCGUCCACAUACAUGUCAUACCUGUAGUGGACAAUGAAGCGCAAAACAACGUCUACGCGGAAUAGCCUCGAUGGCAAUGGCCUACCGGGCCCCAAAAAGCGGGCGCUGGACACCGAGACCGUUAAAUCGCGAUUCCGCGAGGGGCUGCUUGAUAGAGCUACUCUGGAGCAGUACAAACAGAGCUAUGCGGCCUCCGCACCGUACAAGCACGGCGUGAUUUCCCCGCUCAUAAACCCCACGCUCCUCCGCUCCGUCCGCACCGAGAUCCAAGAACACCUCUCCUUCACCGAGAAGGAAACAGACAUCUACAAAAUCUUCCAAUCAGGCGACCUCGCCAACCUAGAUGGACUAGACGAUGCCUCGCUGUCCAAACUACCCUCGCUCCUCGAACUACGCGACGCCCUCUACUCUGCGCCUUUCCGCAAGUAUCUGUCCGAGGUCACGGGCGCAGGUGACCUGAGUGGUCGCAAGACCGACAUGGCCAUCAAUGUCUACACUGGCGGCUGCCAUUUGCUCUGCCACGAUGACGUGAUCGGCAGCCGGCGCGUGAGCUACAUUCUCUACCUCACGGAUCCGGACGUGGCAUGGCAGCCGAGUUGGGGAGGGGCACUGCGUUUGUUCCCGACCACAGUCGAGAAGGACGAGGCUGGGAAGGAGGUGAAGGUCCCCAGUCCGGACUUUAGCCUGUCGAUUCCCCCGGCGUUCAAUCAAUUGAGUUUCUUCACGGUGCAGCCAGGAGAGAGUUUCCAUGAUGUGGAAGAGGUUUACUAUGCGGGUCCCAAUGGGGAGAAAUGCGGAAAGGAAAGAGUGCGCAUGGCGAUUAGUGGGUGGUAUCAUAUUCCGCAGGAAGGGGAGGAUGGAUAUGAGGAAGGAUUGGAGGAGAAAUUGGCCGAGCGGAGUAGCUUGCAGCAGCUGCAGAGUUCCGGGGAUACGACGUUUGACCGGCCUCAGCCACGGGUUACGCCGUAUAAAGAUGCACAGGGAGACAGCAAGGAGUUUACAGAGGCCGACCUGGACUUCUUGCUUAAGUAUAUCACGCCUUCCUAUCUCACUCCAGACAUCACAGAGGAACUCUGUGAGAACUUCACCACAGACUGCUCGCUAAGCCUUGAACGGUUCCUCCAUGAUAAGUUCGCCGCACGGCUCCGGGAAUAUAUUGAAGAGCAGGAAAAACCAUCUAAUGCCCUGCCCACUGCGUCGCACGAGAUAGAGCAGAAAACUGAUUGGAAAGUCAGCCGGCCGCCCCACAAACACCGAUAUCUGUACCAGCAGCCACGACCCGCCGGACAAGAAAUAGAGUCAAAGACGCCUAUUCAGGAAUUGCUGGAGGAUCUCUUGCCUUCGCAGGCGUUUAAGAAAUGGCUCGCCGUGGCGACUGGAUGUAGUGAUCUGCUCGACUACAAUAUUCUUGCGCGCCGCUUUAGACGAGGCGAGGAUUAUACAUUGGCGAGCGGGUAUGAGGGAGAGACGCCGCGGCUGGAAUUCACGAUUGGGCUGACGCCAACGUCUGGGUGGGAGAAGGAGGGCGACAAUGGCGACGAGGAGGAGGGGGAGGAGGAGGAGGAAGAUGAAAACGGGGAAGCCGAUGGCAAAGGGAGGGACAAGGCCAAGUCAAGCGCCAACGGAAAGGAACAACAGCCUACAAAGGAGAAUUCGACAGAAACCGAAGACCACUCCGUCGGUGGAUAUGAAAUCUACAUGGCUGGUGACGAUGACGACGAUGACGACGACGACGACGACGACGACGAUGAAGAUGAAGAGGAAGAGGAAGGGGAAGGGGAAGAAGGAGAGGGGGAAAGCAAAGAAAAAGAAAGUACUAAAAAAAGUAAAAAGCCCCAAAAGUCCGACCCAGCAGUCUACAAGGCCGCCUCGGGCGCGGACGGCGACGACGGCAUCCUCUUCAGCAUGGCUGCGGGCUGGAACCGCAUGAGCAUUGUCAUGCGCGAUUCGGGGACGUUGAAGUUUGUGAAAUAUGUUAGCCGCUCUGCGGCGGGGGAUCGGUGGGAUGUUACGGGGGAGAUUGGGUUGAAGUUUGAUGAGAUGGAGGAGGAUUAGGAUGAAGAUUGCGAUUGGGAUGGAACGGGGAAUUUAUUGGGGGUUAUAUAUAUAUAUAUAUAUAUGAGGGUCCAUGAAAUGUAAUAAAGAGGUUAAAGUAUGUGUAUAUGAAUCGGGAAAUAUCGUAGGUAUGGAGGUAAGUAAAGCGGCUGUAGAUAUGUAUAGUUAGGAAUAGACAUAUAACGAAAUUCAUCUCCUCUUUCCCCACUCCCCACACAACGUUCCGGUUUCUUGUUUAAUCCUCAUUUUUUUCUAGAUAUAACUAGAUA